AGUGGUUCCAUGGCUCAAGGGUUGGCUCAGGGCUUGCCAGUCGAACAGAUUGAAGCGUGUGUCCGAUGGAGCGCCUCUUGACGGCGACUUGUCUUGCCUUGGCUUGUGGGCUGCAACCUGCCACGGUGGAUUGGCUUGUGGCCAAGACCGAGGAGCAAGCUGGUGUGAAAGAAACAGACGACAGGCUGACAUUGAGCAAUGGACUUCUGGCCCGCGAGUUUGUCAAGUCCCCAUCCUUUGGUACAGUCAGCCUCGUGUUAAAUAGCACGGCCGACUUUGCUGGCCCCAAAGAGAUUAUUCGGGCUGUGAAGCCCGAGGCAUACGUACAGCUGGAUGAAGUGAUUUAUGCCAUCGGCGGUCUGGGGCAGGAGCAGACAGUCUUGGCAUAUCUGGAGAGAGAGAUGCUGAAUCUCACGUCGGAUGCCAAAGCAUUCCAGUACACAAAUCACAGCUUGGCCUCUCCAGAGACUCCCUACCCUUGGACUCCGGGCACGCGACACAGCGAUGCGACGGCUUCCUGGCCUCCGAAGGGCGUUCGCUUGGAUGUGGACUUCGUGCCUCCCUCGUCGGCUCCAAGCAAGCACAUUGGCGUGCGCGUUCGCCUCUCCUACGAGCUCUACGACUCGAUCCCCCUACUGAAGAAGUGGGCAUACAUCACCUGCGAGGCUUGCAAGGAACCAGUGCAAGUAAAGCACAUUGAUGUAGAGGUGCUGGGCGUGAACGCACCAUUUGGAGCUCACUUGGGGCACGGCAGUUUUGCGCCUGGCCAGGAUUGGGGAGGGGCGCCUGACGAAAGCACCGUGGCAGCAACAACGCUCCUCCAUGCAAAGACGGAUCAGGCACAUGGUGCUGCGUGCAGCUGGAUGGACGAUUUCUUGAGCAGCAGCUCGCCAGGGGGCUACAAAGACGAGGGUGCAGUGGAGUCCACUUUAAACUGCACCUACACCAACAAUGGGCCUGGCGCGUUUGUCGGCAGAGAGGAAGCGUUCGAGAGUUUUCGGGCAUUGAUUCUGGCCCAUGACUCCUUCGAUCUUGAGCGACAGUCCCUCGGCCGGGCGCGGGUAACGGAGUUGCUUGCGCCGGCCACUACCGAGAAUCCGAUCUUCUUCCACGCAACAGACGUUAGCGAGAAGGGUUUCAAGACCGCCAUCGAUCAGAUGGCUGAGGUCGGCUUCGAGAUGAUCAUCUUCUCAUUCGGAACUGGCUUCACUCUGGAAACUGCGGAACCAUCGUAUCUGCAGAAGAUCAAGGGUCAGGUAGACUACGCCCGUUCCAAGGGCAUCGAAGUUGGCGGCUAUGAUCUCAUCUGCCUGGACCGUGGGCAUGGCGGUUACGGAGGGAACGUGGGCGACGAGUGGGUCACGACAAAUAUCGAUGGCAGCUUGAAGGAGGACGCAUGCUUCGCAUCUGGCUGGGUCGACAAGCUCAAAGGUCUUGUCUUGAACUUCAUCAGCGAGACUGGCUUGGCAAGUCUGGAGACGGACGGCCCUUACGGCGGAGGGACCUGUUCCUCUGAGAAUCACAGCCACCACCACGGUCUGGACGAUUCGGUCUACAGACAGACGCAGCAGCAGGCCGAGUUCUACAAAUACCUUCGCUCACUGAACGUGUAUAUCAACCAGCCGGACAAUUUCUUCUUCGCCGGCGGCAGCAAGACAGGCAUGGGUUACAGUGAGAACCAGUAUUCUUUGCCCCGCUGGGAGGACCUGAUGAUCAGCCGUCAGGGCAUGUACGACGAUCUCUACAUUCACACACCAACACAGGGCUGGAUGUUCUUGCCCAUUGUGCAAUACCACGGAGGUGGGUCUGCCGCAGCAUUUUCGCCGCUGGAGGACAACCUGGCGGAGUAUGAGUGGGCUCUGGCGCAGUAUCUGGGUGCAGGCGUUGCCGCAUGCUACCGUGGAGAGCAGCUUUACGAGGGUCCCAAGAGCAAGGCCGUGCUUCUGAAGUGGAUGGGGUUCUAUCAAGCACACCGGGCAGUCCUCACAAAGCCCGUGGUCCAUCUUCGCCGACCUGACAUGCAGGGCUGGGACGGGUGGCUUCAUGUGCACCCUUUUGCGGAUCGCGAGGUCGCUUUGGCCAUGAUCUUCAACCCUACGCCACGCUCGCUGGAGACCAGCAUCACCUUGCCGCUCUAUUAUAGUGGCCUCACAGGUUCGGCGAUGAUUUCGCAGGGCUUCGAUGGCAAGGCCAUUGAGUACAAGCUUCGCGGGAACAGUGUUGCAGACAUUCAGCUGAGCAUGGCGCCGCGAAGCAUCACAUUUUUUGUGGUCUCCCGCCCAGGUGUCAAGGCUGUAGUGGUGUGAUUUGAAUCUCGUGGCCCAUCUCCACUGGCAACGCGUGAAUUGGCCAUUAGUUGCAACUAGUCGGAAGGCACUGGCAGAGAUGAUUCGUUUCUUUUCUCGUCAGAGUUUCGGCCCCGGCGUUUUUGGUACAGCGCAUGCCACUUUAGUGCGUGCCAUAUCGUUUCGAAAGGCACAGUCGGCUACUGGCCUGGUUGCUUCGGCCCAGGCUUGACAAAUUGUGCAUGCCUGGCAGCCCACUUGUGAGCGCGCUCCACACUCUUCAGCGCGGUAUGCACUGCAACAUGCAGGCAUGCCUGAAGCACACGGCAUAGAAAGCAGGCGUCGAGGCCGCUUUCCCUGGGCGGAGCAGCAGUAGGCGCGCGCGCGCGUUGGAGGAACCAACAAAAAAGAGAUGUCCUGUGGCUCCUCGGCCACUGCCCCCUCACCGCGCGCCAGUCUUGGCCAGCCUGGGCGAGAGCGGGCGCGGGCGGGCGUGGCCGCACGUGCCCCCAGCGGCCCGC